GAGUUGCAGACCAUGUCGCAUCCGUUGUCAGGAGCAGCGUCUGGCGACACAGCGAGUGUUGAGGAAGGAAUGAGCCAGUCCGAGGCCAGGACAGAGUGAGCUCUGCGGGACGACAGGGGCACCAGAGAGGCUUCAAGCACCAGAGAUGGUGAGCUGAGGGGCACGGCCCCCCCCACCAACAGGUGCUUCCAGGCAGGCUGGAGCAGAGGGCAUCAAGGUGGACUGGCCCAGAGGGUCCAUGGCAAGGGGGUCUCCAUGGCCCAGGGCAGGCCCAGGGUGGCAAUAUCAGGACUGUGACAGCCCAGGAAGAAAGACCAGCCGCUGUAAGGAGCAGCCCUGCCCAGCAGGGGCCCGGCGCCCAGCCAGCUUUGCCAUCACUCAGUCUGUUCUCAGGCCAUUGUCCUGUCCCACGUCUCAGGAGCCCAGCAAUGGACCCCCAGGUCCAUUUCCUAAGAGUGGAGAUGCCGUCUUGCUGACCACAGACGCUGCCUUGGGUGACAUGCACAGGAGCACCAUCCUUGUUCCCUCUCCCAUCCUGGUCUGGGACCUGUCCCGUUACGCCCACUCCUCCCCUCUGACGCACCAAGACCCCCGGCUUAGGAGUGCACAGCAGCCCUGCCAACUGGGUCCCUUGAGGGUGGUGUCCCGGGCAGCAUGGGUGCUGGGGUGCACAUGCUUCGCUGGCCUGCAGCGGGCGGAUCAGGAGAGCUCUGGGCACAAGCUGGUCUGCGCCUCCCCCCCAUCCUCCGCCUUCCAUGCUCCCCUCUUCACACCAGCCUGCAGGUGCUUCCCUGACCUCAGCAUCACCUCAGGGUCCUGUGCCAAGUCCCUCCUCCCUCGGGGUCCUUCCUGGCAGCAUCAGCUCCGGCCCUGCAGGGCCGUGGGCUUCUCCCACUGCCCUGCCCAUAGUGGUCAGGCAUCACCCACUGCUCACUCCUGAGGAUGUCCAGACCCUCCAGCCCAAAGCCGGCCCCAUGGCCCUGGGCUCCCCUGGAGCACAGCCCCACCCCACAGGCCUGGGCACCCUGUCUCCCCCAUCCACUGAGUCCCGGAGAUCCUGCCUCUUAUACCUCUCUGCCUCCCAGGAGGUGGCCUCUUCUGCCUGUCCUCCACCCUGUAGAGAUCUUUCUAGAAUGAAGUCCUAACCACAUUCAAUGCUGGGCCACCCACUUGGGGGGAGUCACCAGGUUCCACCUCCCUGCAGUUGUGCGGACACUGGGCCUUCAUCAGGGGACACCGGGUCAGCUGGGCCGCCCACCUUCUCCCCUCUUCAGAGGGGCGUGCAGCCACCAGCCUGUGGGUUUGGCCUGGUUUGCACAGCCUCUUACUUCACUCAUGCACUCACUGGACAUGUAGCCAGCACGGGAGCCCAUGAGCCUGCGCAGCAACUGCAGCAUGCCCCAACCCCACGUAGGCUUCCUGCUCCCGCCCCGAUGGCCACUGCUUGGCCCCCACCUAGAAUCACUGUCUGGAUUCUUGUG